AUGGCGCACAGCAAACGAAACACGUCCCGCAGUGUCUUCACCUCAUACGAGCGUGACAUGGCUAAGGCUGCGUGGGCCUCGACCUCGGCGCGCCUGUCUCGCGACUCCUUCCUCCCCUUUGGUUCUUGCUAUCUCUGUCUUGAAAUCGCCAGAGAACCUGUAUCGUGCAACCAUGGCGAUGUAUUUUGCCGUGAGUGUGCGGUGGCCAACCUCCUCGCACAGAAGAAGGAGAUCAAGCGCGUAGAGCGAGCACGAGACAAGGCGGAGCAAGAAAUCCUGGACGCCCAGGCCCGUCAAGACGCCGAGGCUCAGGAACGCGCCGUAAAGGAAUUCGAAAAGAUUCAAGCGGGACUAGACCCGUCGUCAUCCGUAACAUCACUGACCCCGUCUGGGCUUGCAUCAAGAGAAGAUGUUACGAUGGGAACCGAUAUCAAUGUUCCCAUGAAGCAGGGCACCAAGAGAAAAUUCAUUUUGGAUCAUGACGAGCUAGAGAAAAUCGCAAAGGAAGAUCGCGCCAAGGCGCAGAAGUCGAUCGACGAGGAAAGAGCAUCCAAGGAGAAACUGCCUUCUUUCUGGACACCGUCUCAAACACCCGAUGCCGAAGCAGCUCGUAAAGCGGCAGCCGCGACAACAGCUCCCAAAAAGAUUAAGCUUGCGCCUGUCUGCCCGGCGUCGCCGGAUAACUCGCCGCAUCAUUACUCCCUGAAGUCCCUGAUCACCCUCAACUUCAAGGAAGAGCUCGAUCCCAAGACAAACAGCAACAGGCGCAUUUGUCCCUCGUGCGUGAAGACGCUUGGUAACGCGUCACGUCCUCUGCUGGCUGAGAAGUGCGGACACGUCAUCUGCCGAAGCUGUGCUGUAAAGUUUAUGACUACUGCGAAGGGCGAUGACUCUUCACCGCAAGAGAACGCUUGUUACGUCUGUGAUGCCCGACUGACGGCGGGCCGCUCGGAUGGCAAGCAGAAGCAGCGAAAACAGGAGUUUGUCGGACUGAUCGAGCUCAGAUCUGAAGGCACAGGGUUCUCCGCUAGGGGCGCAAGUAAGGUGGAGAAAAGCGGCGUCGCCUUUCAGUGCUGA